AUGCCAUGGAUGCGGGUCGAUGCCAUGAUAAAGGGUUGGUUGACGACCGCCAUGGAGAAGAACAUACGGAACAGUGUCAAAUACGCAGGGACGACAUCGGAGAUAUGGUCAGAUCUGAAUGAACGUUUCGGGAAAGAAAGCGCUCCUAGGGCGUAUGAGUUAAAGCAAAAGAUCACUUCUACUCGACAAGGUAGUGCCACUGUAUCCACAUACUUCACACAGUUACAAUCCAUAUGGGAUGAAUUUCAGUCCAUAUAUCCAUUCCCUCGAUGUUCCUGUAACAAAUGUGAAUGUAAUAUUGGCAAGAAGAUUAAUGAGCAUCAAGAGAAAGAACGUCUUUAUGAGUUUUUGAUGGGACUAGAUGCCGAGUUCACAUUCAUUAGAACCCAAAUCCUAGCCACUAAACCAAUUCCUUCUCUUGGGACGGCAUACCACAUGGUGACUGAGGAUGAAAGGCAAAGAGUCGUCUCCAAUGAAAGCGCAAAACCUCUCGAAUCCGCUGCAUUCAAGGCCUUUCAAAGAAGGAAUGGACCUUCAAGUUCGAGCAAAUAA